AUGCCAAAGAUUUACUCCAAGCACACACUAGCCGAGGCCACCAACAGUCCGAAGCACAAGGCAGGAUUCAAGACACUCAUCCUCAACGACUUCGGCCGGUCUUACCAAACCCUCGAGUCUCUCAUCAAAUGGCCACGCGAACUUGAGCAUUUUGCUCUCAUGAUGCGGUUUGGUUGGGAGUCUCUGGACGUGAACAACGUCCAAUACAGCGACGAGGUUUCGAUGACCUGUGUGAUCAUGAACAGGUUACACACCAUGCUCAAGCCUCAUCAGACCACAUUGCAGAGCUUGCGAAUCGGGUUCUCAGUGACACCGUAUACCUAUCUACAGAUGCACAGGCCUGGGUUUGAGCAAGUCUUUCCUGGCAGAACCGGCUUCGGUCUGCACCACAACACCACACCCAAUUUCCUGGAAUACGAGAGCCUGAAACACCUCCAUCUUUCGGCUAUCUUUGCCGGCCACGCGAAUUUCUUCCACAAACGGAAGAGAGCCGGUAAGAACCCCGAGAUACUGAAGGAGCUCCACGAGGAACUAGACCGGCUUCUCGGCGCUCCGAGCCUAACUCGCCUCACCUUGGACGUCGGCACCGAGUGCGCCCUUCGCCACGGCCCUUGCUUCUCCGCGGACCCAGCGCAUAAGCCAAAGUGCACCCUACUGUGUCCCCUCGACAGGGACCUCUGGGCAUUCCUCCUCACCCUCGCCCGACGCGCGCAUGACACCAAGGCCAAGCUCCGCGAGAUCCACGUCAACUACGCCGUCAGGCCUUUUGCACGUUCCGUCCCCGUCAAAGAUUCACCGGCCAAGUUCAAUGUAUGGGGAUUCUGUUCCUCGACCUUGGCCAUCGAUCCGUGGACUUACUUGGAAGUUAUCAAGAGGAGAAUGGGGAAGCUCGGCAUCGUGUUCACUUACACGUGUUUGGAACCGAUCUGCGGCGUGCCGCGCACUCAUCUGCCCGACCCCGAGAUACCUGUGGAUAUGGAUCCGCACCAGGCGAACAUACUGCGCAGACGGCGUGAUCUGCGGCUGUUCGAGUAUGAGGAUGAGAUGUGCUCGGAGCAUAUCUGGACAGUGGUCAAGCCCGGUUGGACAAGUUAUCUUGGGCUUUUUGAAGACCUCCAGGGGCAAUAA